AUGCGCUAUAACAUGCUGUCCGCGACCCUUCUGGGUGCGGCCGUCGGUGCUAUAGCCGGCCCUAUGCAGAACUACAGCAUGGCGCAAUGCGAGGCAAUGAUGAAUGACCGCUUGCCUUACACCAUUCCCAAUGGCUUUUCCUUUUCUGGCAACAUUCGUCGUUACUACGUUGCCGCUGAGGUCGACCAGUGGAACUACGCGCCUACCGGCUGGGAUAACUGGCUUGGUGUUCCGAUGAAUGAGUCUUUCCGCGCUCAAACCUGGGGCUACAUCCCUUCUAAUGAAAGCAUGGGCACCGUCUUCGACAAGGCUCUGUUCCGUGGCUACACCAACUCCUCUUUCACCGAAAAGACCGAGCAGCCCGCCUGGCAGGGUUACCAGGGUCCUACCCUCCGUGCGGAGGUGAACGACAUGAUUGAGAUUCUAUUUGUCAACAAGAUGGAUCACUUUUACGCCAGCAUGCACUCCAUGGGUCUCUACUACACCAAGGAGAGCGAGGGCAGCCAGUAUUAUAACGGCACAUCUUUCCCCACCGAAGGAGACGCUGUUCCCCCUGGUGGCUGUUUUGUGUACAAAUGGCUCGUCCCUGAAACCGAUGCUCCUAAUCCCGGCUAUCCUAGCAAGUUGUACUCGUAUCAUUCAUAUGUAAGCAUGUACCAGGACCAAGAUGCUGGUUUGAGCGGCCCCGUCAUCGUAUACAACCAGGGAAUGAUGGACAAGGUCAUGUCCCAGUACCGUGAAUUCACUGUCAUGUUUGGUGAUAACCAGGAGUCCAACUCCUUCCUCGCUCUUCAGAAUGUCAUGACGCGCCUACCUUCUCAGGCCGGAAAUGUCGCCAACCUCACGUACGAGUAUCCCACCAUCACUUCCACUGGAAACGUCAGUAUCUGGUAUCCGCAAUUGAUCAAUAACCCUCUGACCAACGUCACUACGACUAUGGCUCCAAACUUCUUUCCCAUAAACGGCUACAUAUUCGCCAACAACCCUUCUUUCGAAAUGUGCCAGUAUGAUAACGUUAUCUGGUACCUCUGGGACAUGGGUUUUGAUACCCAUGUUGCCCACUGGCAUGGUAACAACGUCGUAAUGAACGGUCUGGGCGCCGGUACCGUCACUCUCAACCCAGGACAGUCGAUCACCGUCACCAUGAACCCGGCAAGCUGGGGGUUUUGGCACUUUCUCUGCCACUUUAACACUCACUUGUCUAAGGGUAUGGAAGCCAUCUACCAAGUGUACCCCGUUAACUCAUGCCCCCUCUCACCCCUCGUGCCCUUGAACUCUACCUCUCAUCCACCACGACCAUAA